AUGCUCCCUCCCCUCUUCCUCCUCACAACACUGACCCUCCUCACCAUCACAACGUCCACCCCCCAUCACCCCAAACCCCGAGCCCCACAAACCUCCACCGCUACCCCUUCCGCUCCCUCCCUCAACCCGCCUUUCGGCUCCAAGCGCGGCCUCGCUUACAACGAACACUCCCCAUCCGGCUCCCUCUCCCUCUUCACCCCCCACACAUCCAUAACCUGGGGCUACAACUGGAACUCCUCCCCGCGCUCCCUCCCCUCCCGCUUCGCCUACGUGCCAGAACUCCACUCCCUCCGCGCCGAACACACCUCCGACUGGGACGACAACGUGCACAAAGCCCUCGCCUCCUCUUCCACCACCUCCUCCUCGCCGUCGGGCGCAGACGGCGAAAUGUACCUAAUGUCCUUCAACGAACCGGAUCUCGCUGACCAGGCCAAUAUCUCCGUGACCGAUGCCGUGCAAGGGUUUGCGCAGUACAUGAUGCCCUUCGCCACGUCGACGCCGCCGCAUAAGGACGGGUUGAAGUUGGGCAGUCCCGCUGUUAGCAAUGUCCGCCCUGCCCCUGGUGAUGAUGGUAAGCCCAAAGGGUUGCCGUACUUAAAGGCCUUUCUGGCCAAGUGCGAAACGCUGCCGCAGCCCUGCCGGAUCGAUUUCGUGCCGAUCCAUUGGUAUGGUUGCCGUAAAGGGUGUCCGCUGGCUACUGAUGUCGACAAGUUUAAGAAACAUGUGGGUGAGGCGGUGGAGGUGGCUGUGUAUCAGGGACGCCAGCUGCCAUUGUGGGUUACGGAGUUUGCGACUUUUGGGGACGAGGAGGGGUUUUUGAAAGAGGUGCUGCCAUGGUUGGAUGGUCAUGCGGACGUGGAGAGGUAUAGUUAUUUUUGGGUGGGCGAGGGCAGUUUGGUGCAAGAUGGGGGGCUGAGUGGGGUCGGGGAGGUUUAUGUGAGUUGA